AAGUAGAAGGAGAAGGAGGGUGAAAGCAGCGUGUAAUUACUAUGUGCGUAGCUGUGCAGCAGCAAACAUAACCCAUGCGGUAUUUAUGCCAUUAUGUAGCUCCAGGGCGCCACUUUUGAUAGUCGUGUCGUCCGAGAAAGCAGCGUUUUUAAUACAGGCGUUUUUUUUUAAAUAACAGCGCUUAAGCGUGUAGGCUUGCACUAACAUCAGGUCUUGUUGAAUCUGUUGAGGGAAAAAGUACCCAGCGGUUAGAAAAAAGAGAAAAGGGAAGGCGAUUCGGGGUUGCAAAGGCGUGGAAAGUGCGCGCUUCCAGAGAGAGAGAGAGACUCUCACUCCGGCCUUCACUCUGAAGCCGGGACCUGGAGUUUGACACCAGCUGAAGAGUCGCCAUGGCGGUAAAUCUGGACAAGGAGGCAUAUUACCGGCGAAUUAAACGGCUAUACGGCAACUGGAAGAAAGGCGAGGAUGAGUUUGGAAAGGUGGAUGCCAUCGUGGUGUCUGUUGGUGUGGAUGAGGAGAUUGUAUAUGCCAAAUCCACCGCGCUUCAGACUUGGCUGUUUGGUUACGAGUUGACAGACACUAUAAUGGUGUUCUGUGAGACCAAGAUCAUCUUUUUGGCCAGCAAAAAGAAAGUGGAGUUCCUUAAACAGGUGGCCAUCACCAAGGGCAAUGAGAAUGCCAAUGGAAUCCCACCAAUCACUCUUUUGGUCAGAGAGAAGAACGAGAGUAACAAGGCCAACUUUGAGAAAAUGAUUGAGGCGAUUCGGGGAAGCAAAGAAGGCAAGACGGUUGGCGUCUUCAUCAAGGACAAAUUCCCUGGGGAGUACAUGAAGAGCUGGAAUGACAUGAUCACAGCUGAGGGCUUGGAGAAAGUGGACAUCAGUGCUGUGGUAGCUUAUACGAUGGCAGUAAAAGAAGACGGUGAGCUGAACUUGAUGAAGAAAGCAGCCGCCAUUACCAGUGACGUCUUCACAAAGUUCUUCAAGGAGAGGGUCAUGGAGAUAGUGGACGCAGAUGAGAAAGUGAAACACAGUCGGCUAGCCGAGUCUGUAGAGAAGGCGAUUGAGGAGAGGAAGUAUUUGGGUGGCGCCGACCCCUCAACCGUGGAGAUGUGCUACCCUCCAAUCAUCCAGAGCGGUGGCAACUACAGUCUCAAAUUUAGCGUGGUCAGUGACAAGAACCACAUGCACUUUGGUGUCAUAACCUGUGCGAUGGGGAUUCGUUAUAAGUCAUACUGCUCCAAUCUGGUACGCACUCUCAUGGUGGACCCACCACAGGAAAUGCAAGACAUUUACAACUUCCUCUUACAGGUGGAGGAGGAACUCCUCAAAGAACUCAAACACGGGGUCAAGAUCUGUGACGCUUACAACGCUGUUGUGGAAUAUGUCAAAAAGGAGAAACCAGACCUGGUCAGCAAGCUCACCAAAAAUUUAGGGUUUGCCAUGGGGAUUGAGUUUAGAGAGGGUUCCUUGGUCUUGAAUGCUAAAAACCAAUACAAACUGAAGAAAGGCAUGGUGUUGAGUAUCAGUCUGGGUUUUGCCGAUUUGUUGAACAGCGAAGGGAAAAAGGAUGAACAGAAGAAAUAUGCGCUGUUCAUUGGAGAUUCGGUUUUGAUCAGUGAGGAGGAUCCUGCCACCAUUCUAACCCCAGUGAAGAAGAAGAUUAAGAAUGUUGGAAUCUUCCUCAAGAAUGAUGAUGAGGAAGAUGAAGAUGAAGAUGAAGAUAAUGCUGAGGAGCUACUUGGUAAAGGAGCUCGUGCUGCCCUGAUUGCUGAGAGAACCAGGAACGAGAUGACCUCAGAAGAAAAGAGGCGGGCCCAUCAGAGGGAACUGGCCAAUCAGAUGAAUGAAGAGGCCAAACGCCGACUGACAGAACAGAAGGGUGAACGACAGAUCCAAAAGGCCAGGAAAUCUAAUGUGUCCUACAAGAAUGUCUCCCAGAUGCCUCGUGAGAAGGACAUUCGGGACAUGAAAAUCUUCAUUGAUAAGAAGUACGAGACGGUAGUCAUGCCGGUGUUUGGCAUAGCAACACCAUUUCACAUCGCCACCAUUAAGAACAUUAGCAUGUCGGUUGAAGGGGAUUACACCUACCUGAGAAUAAACUUCUUCGUGCCGGGCAGCUCGCUAGGAAGGCACGAAGGCAACAUCUUUCCCAACCCUGAGGCCACCUUUGUCAAAGAGAUUACAUAUCGUGCAUCAAACCUCAAAUCUCCUGGUGAUCCCUCAGUGCCCUCCACCAACCUGCAGAAUGCCUUUCGCAUCAUCAAGGAGGUGCAGAAGCGUUACAAGACACGUGAGGCUGAGGAAAAGGAGAAGGAAGGCAUUGUCAAACAGGACUCAUUGGUCAUCAACUUGAACCGCAGCAAUCCCAAACUCAAAGACCUCUACAUUCGGCCCAACAUUGCCCAGAAGAGGAUGCAGGGCUCGCUAGAGGCGCACACCAAUGGUUUCCGUUUCACAUCUGUACGUGGUGAUAAAGUGGACAUCCUUUACAACAACAUAAAGCACGCCAUAUUCCAACCCUGUGAUGGAGAAAUGAUCAUCGUGCUGCACUUCCACCUCAAGAACGCCAUCAUGUUUGGAAAGAAGCGACACACGGAUGUGCAGUUCUACACAGAGGUGGGCGAGAUAACUACAGACCUGGGCAAGCACCAGCACAUGCACGACCGCGACGACCUGUAUGCCGAGCAGAUGGAGCGCGAGAUGAGGCAUAAACUAAAGACGGCCUUCAAGAACUUUAUUGAGAAGGUGGAAACGCUCACAAAGGAGGAGCUGGAAUUUGAGGUUCCUUUCCGAGACCUAGGCUUCCAGGGUGCACCCUACCGAAGCACUUGCUUGCUGCAGCCGACCUCCAGUGCACUCUGCAAUGUGACUGAGUGGCCCCCUUUUGUAGUGACGCUGGAUGAGGUGGAGUUGGUUCAUUUCGAGCGUGUCCAGUUUCACCUAAAGAAUUUUGACGUUGUUAUCGUUUAUAAAGAUUAUAACAAGAAAGUAACAAUGAUCAACGCCGUGCCUGUCAACUCUCUUGACCCAAUAAAAGAGUGGCUCAACUCGUGUGACAUAAAGUAUACAGAGGGUGUACAGUCUCUUAAUUGGACCAAGAUCAUGAAGACCAUCGUUGAUGAUCCGGAAGGCUUUUUCGAACAGGGUGGCUGGUCUUUCCUUGACCCUGAGAGUGAGGGAAGCGGUGGAGAGGAUGACUCUGAGUCUGAGAUGGAGGAUGAGACGUUUAAUCCUUCAGCUGACGAAGAUGAGGAAGAAGAGGAAGACAGUGACGAAGAUUACAGUUCUGAGACUGAGGACUCCGAGUACAGUGCGUCUCUGGGUAGUGAAGAGGAGAGCGGUAAAGACUGGGACGAACUGGAAGAGGAGGCCAGAAAAGCUGACAGAGAGAGUCACUAUGAGGAUGAGGACACUUCGAACAGAAAGAGGAAAGUUCGGCCUUCGGCCCCACCCCCCAGCAGCAAGAAGAAGCGGCGGCAUUGAAUAUCUUGCGCACUUACACGCACAUGCUCACCCACACUGCCAGAUCAUGGUUUCUGUUUUGUUUUGUUUUUCUUUUUCUUUUUAUAUAUUCUUCUCUCUCGCUCUCUGGCUCUCUUUCUGUCUGUCACUCAUACACACUGUAAAUAAAGGAUUUGCCCCUUUG